CUCACAGCCUCACUCACAAACUAGUGUUCAGCCUCAGGUUUGAAUGUGUGUGUUUUUAUCCUGUUUGUUCCAGUUAACACAAUGGCGUCUGACAGCCCCCACUGUGCGUGUUGCUCCCAUCCUGUCUCCUCUCCCAGUGUUCACCAGACGCUGAAUGAAAUGGAUUUUGAACGAGGUAUCUGGUCUGCUGCAAUGGAUGGAGACCUGGAGAGGGUCUCGUCCUUGGUCCAGAAGGGCACAGACCCUAACCUGAGAGACUCAGCUGGAUACACAGCUCUGCACUAUGCGAGUCGCAGUGGUCGUCAGGCCGUGUGUGAGUUUCUUCUUGAGAAUGGUGCUUGUGCAUCUCCCCGGACACCAGGUGGAGCCACACCUCUCCAUCGAUCGGCUUACUGUGGUCACCUGGAUGUGGUUCGACUGCUGCUGCACCACAGAGCGGACCCACUGCUCUGUGAUGAUGAUGGUGCAUCACCUUUACAUAAGGCUGCAGAACAGGGUCAUCAGGAGGUCUGUCAGCUGCUUCUGGAGCACCGUCCAGCACUCUGCAGCCAGGUGAACAAGAGGCUCCAGCUCCCUUACCAGCUGGCACCACAGGGAGAUCUGCAGGAGCUCUUAAAACCACCACGGUGACGACAGACACACCGCAUCUGGACAUGAGUUACUGCAGGCAAAUAAUAUGAGCUGAAAACACAGUAGGUGAGGUCCAUGUUAACCAGGAUGACACUCAUUUCACUUCAUUUGACUGGUUUUGUCUGAACUGAACACCAUCAAAGAGCCACUGGAUGAACAGGACGUUAUUUUCUGGCUUCAUAACAUAAACAUCGUCCUGUUUUUGAGCUCUAGUUCACUGCUUCUGUAAUAAUUACACCUCCUAAAAUGCAUUAAAACCUGUAAAAUGUCCAUGUCCAGCGUCAAAGUGCAACAUUUUGAGCCAGAAAGCUCAUUGAACGUGGCUCCAGGAUGACUGAGCAAGGUAUGAUAAAUAAGUCAACAAUAGAAUAAGUAAAACAGACUGAAUUCACAUUAUUUCACAUAGGAUAUUUGCAUAUGAUAUUUACAUAUCUAUUGAAAGAGAUGGAAAUACUACUGCUGUCUUCUCAUAUACUUACUUAUUCACGUAUCUCGUUUACUCCCUGUGUGUACAAACUGAAAGAUUAUGACCUAGAACCUGUCGGUGGGAUGUUUUACAAACCAGUGUUGCAACAAAUGAAGGUUAGUAAAGACAUAAUAUUUCAAUUUUGUUUGCUUUUGAUUUUAGAAUCUAGGAAAACAUCACAAAUCAGUCAAACGCAAUAAGCUGGACUUAUUUUCAUCUGCCGUGAUGCAGCUGUCAAUCAAUGAAAAAUCAGCCAUUACCGACAGAGGCCCUUGUGGUCUGUUUCUAGUUUACACUGCACUGUCAUGUUCACUUCAUUUUGAGUAACUAGAUAUAAUGCAAACAACGACGAGGAUGGGCUUCGAACCCACGCGUGCAGAGCACAAUGGAUUAGCAGUCCAUCGCCUUAACCACUCGGCCACCUCGUCACUCAUAUGUGGUUUCCAUGGUGACCGUCGUCACGUGUUAGCAUCAAAGGCAACCAACGCUGAACCUGAGUCAACUUUUAAACUGUUUAGAUGAUGUCAAAGCUUGGAUGUCUCGAAACUUUUUAAAUUUUAAUGAGAACAAGACUGAAGUGAUUGUGAGGGGGCAAGCCACCCUUUUCCUGUCGAGAACCAUGGCCUCGGACUUGGAGGUGCUGAUUCUCAUACCAGCCGCUUCGCACUCGGCUGCAAACCGCCCCAACACA